AAAAAGAAGAGCAAAAGCUGGUGUGGCGCCACGUGUAAGCAUAAUCAACCGUUGGAUUAGCACGAGAUAGAUCGUUCUCAUUGAGAGAGAGAUGAGAUCAUGACGUCCAUGGCCAAUGAGGAGAGAGGGACACAGUUUAGAGAAGAAGAAGAAGAGAGAGAGAGUAGUUUUGUUAUAGAGACACGAGGCAUUGCUCAGAGAAGUUAAAAGGCUCAGCACUGCAAGAAUCAGAGAGAGAGAGAGAGAGAGAGAGAGGGAGAUGGUGUGAGAGAAUUAAAUUGGAGUAGCAGAGGAGAGAGAAUGGCUAUGGCGGCGUUGCAGAGAGAGAAGAGCAGCAGAAGCAGCAGCGGCAGCUGUAAUUCUGUGUCUUGGAAUUAAAUGAGUCUUCUCAAUUCCAACACUGUCAACUAAAAGUAAAAGGAAACCAAACCGAAGGAAACAAAGGAGGAAUUGAAGGCGCGAUUAACACUGCUCCUCUCCUCAGCUCUCCAUCCUCCAAAAGUUGCCGAAUUACUAUUCGUAGGCUGUCGAAAUUACCAUCCAAACCACCACUCCACCGCCACCAACAACAACUACUCAACAACAAGAACAAGAACAAAACUAAUCACCAGCUACGCGGCUGUUUACAGACCAGAUAAAGUGAGGAGAGAGAGACAAUCACGGAGGCAAUACACGUAUACGACGCAAAAUACGAAGCACAAACAAAUUGUAAGAAAAAUUCUCUCCCACUCAAGACCCAAAAUUCAAGAGACUAACCAUUUCAUAUCUGGGCUCUUUUCACAAGCCAAAAACCAGAGAGGUAGCUUCUGAUAUGGAUUUUCUCUCAAAAUUGGGGUUUGGGUCAGGCUUAGAGGAGGAACAAUGGCUGGGCUGUUCUCAUUAGGUGGUGGUAGUGGUGGUGGAGGAGGAGGAGGUAGAGGAAGUAACCAAGACGACCAACAUGACCACCCACCAACUGAAAUCCCACAAGAAAGCUGGUACUGGUACAAAAAUGAAGAUAUUCCUUACAAGGGUUUUGAGCUAUGGCAACAACAGGAAUUUCUCUAUCAACGCCAUCAAAAUCCACAGCAACAUCUUUACUCUUCGGCUGCUGGGUUAGGGGUAGGCCCAAGCAGGAGCUCAAUCAACGUCUCUGAUGAGUCUUCGUCGAGAUCAGCCUUCAUGAUGAUGAGGUCCAGCAGUGGAGUAGGCGUGAGCUGCCAAGAUUGUGGCAACCAAGCCAAGAAAGAUUGUAUACACAUGCGGUGUAGGACUUGUUGCAGGAGCCGAGGAUUAGACUGCCCAACCCAUGUCAAAAGCACAUGGGUUCCUGCUUCCAAACGCCGAGAAAGGCAGCAGCAACUCAAUGCUUUGCAGCAACAGCAACUUCGCGGAGAGAAUCCCAAAAGACUAAGUGAGAAUCCAUGUUCUUCCUCACUUGCCUGCAUUCGCUUACCCAACAGCGCCUCAGAUGCAGGGUUAGAACUUGGAAAUUUCCCUGCAGAAGUUAGCUCUCCUGCUGUAUUUCGCUGCGUAAGAGUGAGUGGCAUGGAGAAAGAUGAUGAUCAAUACGCCUAUCAAACGGCUGUCAACAUUGGAGGCCAUUUGUUCAAGGGUAUUCUUUAUGAUCAUGGUCCUGAAAGCACCUAUAUGCCUGCUACUGAAACCUCCUCCGCUGAUGCUAGUGGUGGAGUUCAACAGCUCAACUUAAUCACAGCUGCCACUGCCUCCGCUGUAAUCUCUCCCACCGGUGGUGGUGGAGGCAUAACGUCUGCCUCAUCAAGUGCAGCAGCAGCAUUUAUUGAUCCUUCCUCUCUAUACCCAACUCCACUGAACACUUACAUUGCUGGUACGCCAUUCUUCCCAAACCCAAGAUCAUGAAAUGGAAACUACCCCAUUUCAUUGUCUUUCUGUCUCUUCCAUAUUUCCACCUUUUUUCACUGUCUAUUGGCAAGUAGUUUACAUUGAUGAUGAUAAAUGCUGUAGAAGAGAAGUUCAUUUGACAAGUUCAUUGAAGUAUAACUACCUAAACUGAAGAAAAUAAUGAAAAGAAAGCAAAUGAGUAAAGAAAAGAAAAAAAAAAGGAAAAAAAGAAAGAGAGAUCGACCUAAAAGCAAAUUAUCAGGAACAUCUUGUCCUUAUUGCAAAUUUGAAAUGCCUAAGUAAUUCUUUUCUCUCUUUUUUCUCUUUAUUUUUAUUGAUCUCUAGAUUUUCCUUUCUUAGAUCUCUCAGUGAAAUCUAAAGUUGUGUCAGUACAAGAUGCUCAGCAUCAGCAAGUAGCAUAUAGUGCAGUAUGUGGCUGUUUCUUGUUAUUAUUUAUUAUAUUAUUUUCAUCUUGGGGGGAUUGAA